UUGCCGCUGUAUUAAUGUUAUCUAUAUACACGUUAUACAAAAUUUAUAAUACGCUUCUCAUACAAAAUAUAACAGUAAUUACUAUUUGUACAUAAUAUAAUAUUUAUGCCAACAAACAAAUAAUAGAAGUCUGUUCUAUAGGACAUAGAUAAUCUAUAAUCCAUUUAUUAUCUAAGAUAUCACGUAUUUCAAACAUUAAUUUGUUACAAUGAACUCGAUAGUACAAUUGACCUUGUUGAUGAUUUAUUUAUCUUUACUCUCAAUCGGGAGCUGUAUAAGAUGGCAUAUGCAACCCAAUAGUCGAAAGUGUCUCAGAGAAGAACUCAGGGAAAAUAUAUUGGUCAAGGGUGUAUAUGAAGUAUCUCAGGUUGACAACCAACAAGUAGAUUAUGUUGUCAAAGAUUCAAAAAAUCAUAUUUUGUCACAAAAAGAAGAUAUAAGUUCUGGAAAGUUUACUUUUAGUGUGGAAAAUUAUGAUAUAUUUGAAAUAUGUUUUAUUUCAAAAGCUUUAAAUAAUCAUCAAGGUGCUGUACAAGAAGUUUUCGUGGAUAUAAAAACAGGAGUAGAAGCUAAAAAUUAUGAAGGGGUUGCUGAAGCUUUUAAAUUGAAACCUCUUGAGAUGGAUCUAAAACGACUUGAAGACUUUUCAGAAGCUAUUGUACUAGAAUUCAAGGAUAUGAAAAUGCGUGCUGAUGAAAUGCGAAACACAAAUGAGUCUACAAAUACGAGAGUUUUCUAUUUCAGUUUGUUCAGUAUGAUUUGCUUAAUUGUUUUAGCAACUUGGCAAGUAUGGUAUUUAAGGAGCUACUUCAAAGCAAAAAAAUUGAUUGAAUAAGAUUUGAAGACUUCUAAAAAAAUAAAAAAAUAAUAAUAAAUUUGACUGUCAUAAUGUUUGCACAAGAAUAGCAAUUUUAAAUAUGUUUAUUAUAUUAUCAUAAUCAUUAUAAAUAGUUAUACCAUACACUGUAAUCAAUGAUUUCAGGAUUUUGAGUCAAUUCAUAGUUCUGUCCAAAUCUCAUUAUUCCUAAUCUAAUUUUAGUUUAGUAUUAAAUUUUGAUUUGUCAAUAUUUUUUAAAACUAUUAUACACUAAUUUUGUAAUUUAUGAAACUGUUUAUUGAUGUUUACUAUAACUAAUAACUAAUAAGUCUAAGUAUGAGCUAUACCAAAAUUGGACAUAACUAUGGAAUGAACCUAACUAGUCCCACCUAUAACUUUAGUAAGAUAAAACCUAAAUAUUUAAUAAGUUUCAUUGAAUUUGUAUUUCUAGUCUUUUUCUACAAUAUUAAAAGUAAAUUUACUGUUUUAUAUGUUAUCAUUUAAAUUAGUAUAUUUUAUCAACAAACUUGUUCUAUCUACUGUUAUGUUUAAACAAAAUACAUGUUUUUAAUUUAUUAA